AAGUCCCGUCGCAAGAGAGGAAGAGGAGGAGAGAGGGAGAGGAACGCGCUGUGCUCUGUUUGUGCAUCUGUGGCUCCUCUGCUCGGUCGGAGGAUUUCGGACUGGACUCGAGGACGCGAAGAAGCAAGGCAAGAUGUCGUGGUGGGAGGGAUUGGCUCCGUUGGCCAUCAUCGGAGUCAUGUUGUGCGUUGCGGGCAACUCUCAAGAUCUCCUCACCAAGCUGCAAACUGGCAGGCCCAAGCACCCAGGAUCUGACAUGUGGGAUAAAGCGAUGGAGAAAAGGGAUGCCCGGUUACUUGAAGAAUUGAAUAGAUCGACAUAAAUUUUGGUAUGAAACUGCUCGUAUGUACACUUCUUAUAUUUGGGAACGUCGGCAAUUCAUUGUUCCCGGCGGGUCUGGAAGGCAGGGACGCAAGGAUGUUUCUCUUGAUCUCGCGUAGAAAUUUCGGGUUGAGCAAAAUGAAAGAAAUUUUUCCAGUCAAAGCAGAAAAUCGAUUCAAUUUGCAGCAGUUGUGUCACCAGCGCCAGUAAUGUAAGUUUGAUGAUGUGAGGAAUAAAGUAACAUGGCCAGUAGGCAGUGUCCACAAAGAUACUAAUCCAGCUGACAAGAUUUGUAGGUGCACCAAUAUGAUUUUACUCUUGUUACAUACAUUAUCACUCUCAAAGCAACGUACCCGCCUUUGCAAAGAGGGAAGUAUGACACAAAGGUUGACGUCAACGUGUGAACAAUGGACUUCCGGGACUAUCGAGGAUGGAUAAUUUUUGAAUUUUCUCAAUUCUGAGCUUGUUUUCCACGUGGGGAGCUUGUCAUCGUAUCUGGGAAGCAAAUAUUCACACAAUAAGAUGAAAGAGAUCAUGGGUUAGAGCUCAGCAGACGGCCCGCGCUGAUUUUCUCAUAUACUGACGUAGUCAUAAUUCGUACUCUGUUUAUCUUUCAUUGUUUAGAACCCUGAGCAAGUUCAG